AUGGCGAGCUUCGUGGAUUUGAGUUCGUCGCCGGACCCGCUGGGCGACGAGGCCCCGAGCUCGAUGCGGCCUUCCACGCGGCGCAUCGCCCGCCACUUCCACCCCCAGGCCCAGAGCUCGUCGCUCAAGGUCCCCCCGAGCACCUCAACCAAGGUCAUGUCGACUUCGAAGUCGCCCAGGAAGCAGACCUUCGAACUGGACGUUGGCAACGGCCGCUCGCCCCAGAGGCUCUUGGUUACGGUCGAGGCAGAGGAUGACCGGGGCAGAGACAGCGGCGUGAGCAGGCGCCUGUUUGCCGCCUCGCCGUCAAGAAGUGUCAGCCGCAGACGACAGGCGGCGACGACGACUACGACUGUGCCUCUCAGAGGCUUGACCGACGAUGAGGGCGGCGACUUGGGCGACGAUCCGACUCCGAGACGGCGCGGCCGGCCUCGGGGAAGCCUAGGAAGCAAGAAUGGAACACCAGCUCCCCCCAGGGGCAAGAAGAGGGCCGGCACACCUAUACGCAAAGCCCCUACAGCGAAGCGUCGCAGCGGCGAAGCAUCGUCGGAAGCGGCAUUGCCCAGCGAUGUGCUUCUGGACACGGACGCCAAUUCCACAGCAGACCCAACCCCCAAAGCGAAGACGAGGGCGAGGAAAACACCCAAGAAAGCCGGCACCCCAGCACCACCGUCAAGUAAACCGACUGGCAGGAAACGUGGACGCCCGCGGAAAGCUCUGAUGCCCGACGAAGUGGCCAUUCUGACGAGCGAGGCCGAGUUUCGGGCUGACGAGACGGAUAUGCUUCCGAAUGAGGAUGCGCCGACUUUCGGUGACGCCCGUUCCGAAGGGGAAACCCAUAUGGAUGAAAACGACCUGAGACCCGAGGAUGAACCCACCCAUGGCGACGAGAGAGCUUCAGCCAGUUCCCCAACUCGAGAAAACACGGCCCUGGGUCUUUCCGUUCAUGCCGAGGAGCAUCAUUCGCCAGGCCCGGCCCCAAGCUCGGAUCCAAUUGACGGUGCAUCGGCUCAUGAAGCUCGCGCAGGCGGAUCCGAUGGGCCGAUGUUCGACGACUACCUGCAAGAACCUCAGAGUGAUUUUGAAUCGGAAGCCGGUGACGAGGACGGCAUGACGUACAGCGGCCAAGACAACCUAACCCAUGCAUCCGACUUUAGUAUGAUAGCAGUCGAGUCUCUGCCCUCGUUCCAGGCCUCAUUUCAGGGCAAUCUGAGUGGCAUUGCUGAAGAGGAGCACUCUUACGCCGACGCUGGCGAGGAGACCAAUCUCCUCAUCAAUCAGACUAUGGAAUCGCUGAGACGAAGCACUCAGACUGAAUCGCAAGAUGAACCAGAAGCCACGCUGGCACAUGAAAGCCGCUUGCAAAACCUCUCGGUGAUGCAGAACCACUCAAUGGCAGCACAAAGCAGCCCGGCUGAUUUGCGAUCGAGUCAGAUGUCUUUCUCAAGGAGCCCGCGCAGACCAAAGGCAAUGCCAUUGAAUAGGCAGAUCUUUGCGCCCAAAGCACCGCAUGUGGACGAUUCAUUUUCGAGUAUACCAGACAGCGUUCUACAUGCAGCAACCCCGGCAAGGAUAUCGACGAAGCAAGUUUCCAUGGAGACGGCACACGAUGACACCGUAAUGUACGACGAUUCCUUCUCAGAGAUCCCCGACGAGAUCCUUGUAGCUGCCACGCCCAAGCCGGCAGCACGGUCCGCCGCUUUUGCCUACCGUGAGAACAACAGCGAUCAACUCUCCUCCGACGUUGAAGGCAACUCAGCGUCCAGAUCUACCAAUAUUGGAUCUGACCGAUUGCCUACACCUGAUGACACCAACUCUUCCACCACAGACGCUAAGAACGGCGCUGGUGAAGAAACCCAGGGGACGGCUGCGAUAUCAUCUGCAGUGCGAAAUACUUCGAAUCUCAACAUCCGCUCCUCACCGCCUACCAUCAGUCGCCAUUUCACCACGAUGAACAUAGAAUCCGAGGGCGGGCAGGUGGAGCAGGAUACCGCCGGCACACCACCACGAAGAAGCUCAUCGCCUGCAGUGUCUCAAAUUGCAUCCGGAUCACCUGGACAAUCCAAGACAUUGGAACCACCAGCGCCGCAGCGGCGCCCGACAUUGUCUCCGAUCGUUCGGGCGGGUCGAACUCUACAAAAUAUAAUGACAGAUCGAUCAUCUCCCGAUGGGCGGGAAAGUAGCUUGGGAAGUCCCUUUAGAGGGUCUGUCCAGAACGACUCACGCCAAUCCUCCAUCUCAAAAUCCCCCAUCCGCGAUCCUCAGCAUUCAACUCAUCAGUCCAAUUUGAAUUUUGGAUUUAAUCCGCUGGCCUCGUUAUCGCAUAGCAUCAGAUCGGCGUUUGCUUCAAGCCAACGGCAUGCUCCUGCUCCCACGUUUGGCCAGGCUGAAGAUCCAUUCGGUCCGAGCAUGCAUCGCGACCAGCAGACCGAGGCUCCUAGGACCUCACCUCGAGGAACUGAGCAUAACGAGACCGAAACCCUCCCAGUUCAGGAAGAGCCCUUUCCCUCAAUGACCAGCUCUACCAGGGCUGCGCCGGCGAGCGAAGGUGAAGUGAAUUGGGCAGGUGAUCAGAGCAGCCCUACGGCUCAACGAUCCAGGCGGAUGUCUGCGACAUUACGAUCAGUGAACUCGAGUCUUGUCGGAACGCGUGGCUCCAACAGUGGCCGCGUCUUAAACGUUGAAAACGCGGAGGAAGAGGAAGAAGUAGAGGAAGAACAGCAACCCGAAGAACAAGAGGAAGGUUCGUCUCCUGGUGAGAUUGACGAAUAUGAUCAACUCGACGCAGAGAUAGAAGAACCGGAAGAACCAGAGGAGCCGGAUGAGCCGGAGGAGCCGGAUGAGCAAGAGGAUGAGCAACCAGAAGAUCAGCUCGUUGGUGGUCCUCAAGAAGAGGAAGAAGAAGGGUUUGACGACCUUGAUUUGUGGGAAGCUGAAGCCUCGCGCGCUACACCCACGACCCCUCGAUCAGCCAAGAUCCUUCGAGCUGAGGCAGAAGCACGAAGACAACCAAGCUCCCAAGUGCAACCACAAGAGCAGGAGCAGGAGCCAGCGUCAGAGCCAGCGCAAGUCAGCAGCAACCCAGCCCGUCGUGCCAAGAUCCCCAGCCCCUGGAGACGAAACACUAGACGGCUCAUCUACCAAGAUGACUUUAAGAGUGCAUCUCAGAUUGAGAUGGAAGACAGCCCACCAAGUGAGGUUGAUAGACCCAGUCCAGUCCCUCCAGUUGCCGUCCAGCAGGAAAGGCAGUACGUGGAGCCUGAAGCUGAUGUCGAGGACAUGAGACACGACGACAUUGAGGAAGAGCUCAGAGACCAGCGAAGCGACUCUGAUGAUGGCGCUGAUGGCGGUGAAUUUGACCUGCCUCAGGAACACUCCCCGACGCCGGAACCAUACAGAAAUGUCGAACCGGCACCAGAGCCUUCUUUGCUUGAAGAGUAUUCUAUGGUAUCCAAACACGAUCACAAUACCGGGCCGCCAGCCCAGGAGAAGCCAGCGCCCGCUCGAAGGAGUUUCUUUGGAAGCUUUGACAUCUUGUCCUUCUUCUCAUCGCCUCGACCUCCGGUUGCUAAGGAACAAGUGGAGGAGACCCCAGAACACCAGACCACCUCCAAAGUUCUGCCUCGUCCUCUCCGAAGUGUCGAGCGACAACCUCCUAGCGAGCCUCAGUCUGCACUCCGGGCAACUGGUUUCUUCCCUUCGAUACGACAGAAGGCAUUCAACCCCAGUCCCGAACGCCGAAACGAUCUCUUUUCGCCGGGGUCUGCCCUUAAGUCGAAUGACACUGUGCCAGAUAGUACCGCUGAUCUGCCGUCGACGCCAGAACGCCAAGAUUUCCCCCCUAUCCCGCAGAAACGCAACUUUACUCCUUUGUCGGCCCAAUCUCGCAACACGGCCUCGCUCUUCACACCGAGCAGACAAGGCUCUACUCCAGCUCAGGAUAUGCGGACCCCGUCACCCGAAAGUGAUCCUCCCCAGGAGCCGUACGACAGUGGCGAGGGCUCCUCGAUGCAGACAGACGAGCCAUCUUUCGAGCGCAUCCCGCCGCGUGAGAAGCCCUCACACUGGGACAAGACUCUCAGCCCGUCCAAGUCUUGCCUGCGCUCUCCACUUAAGCCGAAAACGCCAGGCCGGGUGGUCGAGUUUACGAGCAGCGUCUUGAACCCAGACGCUCGCCUCCGGGCACGCGACGACCAACAGCGGGCGCUCAGCACACUGGACGGCGGCAUCAACCGGCUCAUCUCGCAGGCUCCUGUCCUGACAGCAGUCCCGAGAGUGUCCGAGCUCGACAAGGAGAACAGCCCGUCGCCGCCGCCCCGGUCCCCGGACAAGCCCGCGCUCUCGGCCACGGCCUGGACCAAGCACCACUGGCUGCGGCUGGACGAGCUGCUGGGGCUGCGGGCCUUCGACCCGCUGCGCUUCCAGAUGCUGUACCCGCGCGUGCUCGCGGCCGGCGGCGUCGAUCCCGACACCAAGCAGCACCCGCUCGCCGGCAAGGAGGUCUCGACCGCCCGCCAGAGCCUCACCCUGCUGCCCUGGCACCUCGAGGUCGUCGAGGCCUUCCGCGCCGACGUCCCCGGCUGGGACGCCCGCAGCCUCAGCAAGCGCCUCUUCGCCCUCAUCAUCGGCAAGCAGAACCGCCAGAUGGGCCAGGUCGGGAGGACGAGUGCGAGGGCGCAGACCCAGGCGCAGGGUGAGCGUGAGCAGCGCCGGGGAGGCGGGCGUGUUGCUUUCGCUGCGAACUGA